AUGAAACAACAGCUAGCUCAAUUAUUAAAUAUUAGAAUAAAAUUUAGGACACAGCUGAAAGGACAGGAAUAUAUUAAGGCAGCAUUUAUUGGUGAACCCAUAAAUGGAUCAGACCAGUUGCAUAUACAAUUAGGAUCACUUUCGACAGAGAAUAAGGAAGUGGUCACUUAUGAAAGAUUCGAAUUGUUGCUUUUUGUAACUUUUACUGUCAUCUUAACACUUAUAAGAUUCCUUUGGAAUUUUAUUCAACAGAAUAAAAUCAAUAAAAGAAAUAAGCAUAUUGUUGAAGCUUUCAGACUCAACAUUACAAGAUCAACUUUGUGCUCCAGGUCUAGUAACGAUAGUUUUGGAUGUGACACCAGCGUUGAAAAGGACCUUGCAGUUACGAGGUACCUCACAAACACCUCAAUUUCACAAACACUUCGAUUUUCAGCUGGUUUACCGCAGCAAGAUUGUAUAUUCCACCAAAAUAUUUCGAGAUCACCACAGGCUGACCCAAUUUCUCUGUUACUAUGGGACUCUACCAAAUAUGGCAAACCCUCCAGCUUACUUCCCGGAUGA